AUGAAUAGCGACACCUACUAUUUCUUCUUGCUUAGAUUUAAAUCACAAAGAGGAACUGAAAGUGAAGACACACAAACCAUAGAAAGCUCAAGAUCGCUGCAUGUAGAAGUGUUGCCAUCAUCGCUUGCUAAUAGCGACAGAGGAAAGACUGAGGCAACUGUGAUAAGAAAUGUUACCCUUCCUGCAUAUCAACAGAUUGAAUUGGAAUAUUAUUUAAGACACGCAUCACAGAUACCAGUGUGUGUAUUGUUUUAUGACCAAGAUGCUUCAGUGCUACAAAAUAUUUUGAUCUCUAUUUUGUCAUCUGAUGGAGUCAAAACAAAGGAUGGUAUUGAAGUCAGAAUAGGAUCGUAUCCUAUCACCAAGAAGGUAAGAGGUAUAGAGAUACCAAAAGUAAUACCAUCCCUGAGAUGUUACCUAGCAACAACAACAACAACAUCAUCAUUCUUUGAAUAUGAUGGAGAGGUUGAAUUGGAACAAAUAAAAGCAUGGUUCAGUAAAACAAUGCUAGAACGGAAUAACAUGAUUAUGGAAGCGUGUGAUAGUAAUAUUGAUGAUAAUAUUAUGAAAUCACCAACCACGCUGAUAGCGUUUCCUGGUAAAGAUAAGUUUCAGUAUAUUGAAAGCAUGCUGUUAGCGAUCAAAGCAGUUUAUGAAACCCAGAUCCUUCUAGUUCAACCACAGUCCGCACAUGAAGAGAAAUUGGCAGCAAGAUUUGGAGUAAAUAAAUACCCAACAAUGUUAAUAAUAAACAGAAAAGAUUGGUUGAAAGGAUCCGUGAAAGUAACCAAAAGAGUUGAAUCCCUAGAGGUUAGGAGAGAGAUCGUUGAACUUUAUUUGACUGCCUUGAGCCUACCCAUGGAGCGGUUGUCAAUGAGUAGCUUACAGUCAACAAUAAUGAAAUAUCCCGGGCAUACGUCACUAAGUCUUGUCUGUUUCUACGCAUCAUGGGGAAAAGAUGUUGCUGAGUAUCUCAGGGUAUUUGAGAGAACUUCUCAGACAUUCACAGAGUUUGGUGCAGCGGUCAGUUAUGGACUGCUUGAUAUAAAAGAGGUUCCGGAAGUUGUACCCCAGUACGUGAAUGCUACAUUAGCGAAAACUGUUCCAUUCAUUAUUGCAUUUCAGUGGCGCAAGGAUUCCUUGAGUGGUGAGACCAAGCUGAUACAGAAGAUAUUGGGCCAUGCACUCCCAACGCCAACUACGGUGUAUGAACAUCUGAUGGAAAAUGGACUCGCGUUGGAAGAUGACAGCGGCAAUUCAAUUAGAUACGCCUCAUGGAUGAGUCAUCCGAAUCAUUUACCUGUAUCAUAUGGCUUCACCAGUUCAUCACCGAUAUGUACAGCAUAUGAUAACACAACUCACCUGUCGAAACAACAGGAAGAUUUCUAUUAUCCAACGCAGUGGAGAAGGGAUUCCAGUAAAAUGGUGAAAUCGGGGAAUGCCAGCAGGGGAAAUAAAACGACUGAAAAUAAAAACUCACAAACACAGACUCCUAAAGUGUUUCCAGAGCUGGAAAAAAUAGGAAAAAUUCCAGUAUUGACUGACACUACUUGGGUGCCAGUCAUUGAAUCUACAGAUAUAUCAGCAUUAUCGCAGCCAUUUAGUAGCAGCAAACCAACACUAAAAUUGACCGACCGUGCUAUGGUCGCCAUGGUGAUAUAUAUACAGGCAGAUUGCGGGAGUUGCUCUAAGAAUAUGGAGGUUUUUCAACAAAUUGCCAAAUCAGUUCAAUUCAUUGAUGGCUGCUCUGUGUACUUGGUGAACUGUACGGCAAGUCCGAUUACAUGUCAAGAGCAAAAGAUUGUGGGAUUCCCCACGUUGAUCGGCUACCGCAAACUGAACUGGUUAGACAAUGAGAAAUGCAUCUCCCUUAGUAUGACUGAUCAUUAUAUCAGACUUGAUUACCACGGUGCGAUUACUGUCAAAUUGGUCCUGGAAUGGUUUUCGCAGGUCACCUUAUCAACAAUGACCAAAGUGAGCAGAAAAGAAUUACAGAAACAAACUAUGAUAGAGAACGUUCGUGUUGUUGGUACAAUGUAUCCAUUAUCCAUAGCCGGUAAGUACCUGCCUCACAUUGCUGGAGUGGGCAGGUGGUUCCCACUGCAGUGCUUCAUGUUGAUUUGCGAGAGACUCUACGGCAAGACAGUCUGUUAUGCGGAGAAGACGCCUGACAUCGCCGAGACGUACUUCACAGAUGACAAUGACGAAGAUAUGGUGGUUUCACAGGUGAGAAUGAUUCGGCGUGAUCAUGUUGAAGUGACGUUGUUCAAUCUAGGCAUGCCUUUGAUGACGACGUUGGAAGAUGAAACCAACAACAAGAUACACGAAUUCCACACACCACACAGAUAUGACAUAAGACCUGGUCAACGUUGUGAGGAUGACCAUGCUGCUUGUACCGAUAUGUUGGUGGAUUUUAUUGAAGACCACAGAAGACUGCCCGUGACACAAAUCACAGAAACCUCUUUUCAUACAAGCUCUAACUGGAAAAGUGGAAGUGCACAGGAGUUACCAAUACUGAUAGCACUGGCACAUGGUGAUAACAUCACCGAGAAGUCUCCAUUUUUACAGGACUUGACGCAUGUUGCUUAUAAGUAUUAUAACUUCCUUAUAACGACAACGUUGGAUGUUGAUGAGUUUCCAGGCUGGUCUGCUCAGUUUAUUCCUGCUGACUAUAGAAGAAACAUUAUUGAAAACACAUCCAGAAUUAACGACACCAUUCUGCCGUCACUGUUUGUGUAUCCACGGUUAUGUGUGGUCAGAUGGUCCAAUCACCGCAAGGCUGCUUUCUAUCCACCAAUCGAAGAAUUCAAUCUUGUGGACACUACAGAUGAACCAAAGUCAAUCUCCAGUGAUGAAAUGGAUACUUUUGUGAAAAGAGUUCUGGAAAAUGAGAAAACUAUGAUGAUUAAAACUGAACAUUUCUAG